UAUAGUGGCAGCCAUGACAACAUUUGAAGAGUUUGAAUCGCCAUCAACUUCAUUCAAUUUUCAAACUUUUGAUCGGUAUCAACCAGAUUUCAAAAUGAUAGAUUAUUCCCAUCAACAAGCAACACAUGAAUAUCACCUUCCCGAUCAGGAAGUAUUCCAGAAUCAAAAUGAGUUUUCUGCAAGUCCCCCGGAUAUUUCGUCUCCGUUCGCCGAUGAAAAGAUUUAUAAAAGUCUUCCGAGGAAUAAAUGCCCUUCAAAAUGUCUUGUGUGCAGAAACCCUGCAAUAGGAUAUCAUUACGAUGUACCAUCAUGUAAUGGUUGUAAAACAUUUUUCCGUCGAACAAUUAUCACGGGAAGAAAAUUCACAUGUGCUAAACAAAAGAAAUGUAUGGAUGGAACAGAACCAGUUGAUAUGUCGAAGCGUCUUUGCCGAGCUUGUCGCUUUGCAAAAUGUGUGGAAGUUGGAAUGAAUCCAAUGGCAAUUCAAGCAGAAGUUAAAACUGAUGAAGGCAAAGUUUUAAGAAGUGAAGUAUUGAAUCAAAGAGAAUCGCUAGGGGUUGUUUCAUCUUUGAUAGUAACCGAGGAAGAUUUGUUAAGCAGAAUGAUUGAAAAAUUAACAUUUGUGGAAAGUAAGGUUGAACCAUUACAUCGUUCUGGAAUGCCUCCUGGUUACAGAGACAUAAGAAAAUUGGAAGAAAUUCUUGAUUCAAAACCAGUACUUGUUGUUACGGAUAUUCCCAAUUUGAAAUUCUGCCCUUCACCAUGUGCGAAUGAAAAAAGACCAAGACGACAUUUCACCAACUACGUUCACACAAGUUACCUGGCUUCUCUUGAAUCUUCAAAAAUGUUUGAAUUUUCUUCACAACUUGAUUUGGAAUCCAGAAUUCUUUUAAUGAAACACGCGACACUAAUUUGUUCGAAUAUGAUGAAUGCAUUCUUUUCGAUUAACGAAAUGAAAUCAGAUAUUCUUAGGCAUCCGGAUGGGAGCAUGUCAGGACAUAUGAGAAAAUUCGAUCGAGAGAAUGAUGUCAUGACAGAUCAUGUCAAAUUGAUACAGAAGACAUUGAUCACUUUCCUAAAUCAUAAAGUCGACAAAAUUGAAUAUCUUUUAUUCAAAGCUAUUAUGCUUUGCAAUCCAGCUGUGCCCGGAUUAGAUUCCUGGAACCAAGAAAUCAUCGAAAAGGAACGAAAUCAAUACGUUAAAGCUCUUCUAAAUUAUUGUCUCCUUCAACAUGGAAAACUUCAAGGCCCAACAAGAUUCGCAACUAUUCUCGCAAUGGCUCCAAUUAUAGAGAAUCAAUCGAAAAAUCAAAAAGAUUUCCAUGUGUACAUUAAAGCAAAGCAUUUCCAGAAGCACAAAAAGAUGGGAACAACGUUCAGAAAAUGUAUCAGUUGCAUGUUUGAUCAAAUUAUGGAAACAUAAAUAAUCAAUGUAAAUAAAUGACAAUGUUUUUGUUUAACUGUUAAUAUAAUCUGUUCAUCCUCUGUAUAAUAUUCUACCUCAAAAUACAAAAAUAAACAUCUCAUAAUUUA